AUGAGGAACUCAUUAGUCCUCUGCGCCGUUACGGCAUUAGCAGCGCAACUCACUGGCGGUGCUCCUACCCCUACUUCGACACCGUCUAAGCUGUCCGACUAUUUCUGGCAGUUACGCGACCUCGACAGGCCAGCCUCCAAAGCGAACCCAUACAUUGGCGGGCAGAACAGAACAAUUUGCUGCCUCAAGGCGAUAGCAGAGUCUCUACGAAUCGAUGGGGACUUCUUCACAAACACGACGGAUUUUAUCUCGGCAUCCCCAUCUGAGCUCUACCAGAAAGCUCUUGAAAACCAAUUUCCGUGUGAUGCCGUAUACAAUGGCGAUCCCACAGGUGCGCCAGAGGUCAAUGUACCCUACGCCUGGUGGGCCUCUGAAUGUCCAGGCUGGCAGCUCAACGACCACGACAACUUAAACUCAUGGCUUCAGCCCAUGAGCGGCUUCCUUAUCCCCGCCAUACCGUUGAUAUUUAGCAUACCUCGGCGCCGAAAACUCGAGGUGUAUCGGGAGUUCUUCACCGCGGAUCUCUCAGGUAUUAAGAGCUAUUUGGCGGCCCCUCUUGGCGCCCUCGGAGCUGCCCUCAUAGUCACACUGGACACUCUCAUCUGGCUAGCAACCUGUUUUGCAUUCGCAGCCCCGAUGAUACUCAGCGGAUUGUAUGAAGCUGUGCUGGACAACCGAAUGUUAGACUACCUGAAAGAGAAGAUGCAGAAUAAGCGCUUGACGUUGGACAUGAGAGCAAGGUGUCUCAUGGUAAUCUUGAUUGGCAAUCUUGAUCUCGGGCUAGAAGGUGACGAGACACCGGUCAACCAGUUACUUGAACAGGCUGGCACUUCGAACGCAGUCAUUGAAGGUCGGCCUCUUAUUCCUCUAGACGACAGGAUAGAGUUCCACGGUGAAACUGCAGCUGAUACAGCAGACCAUGAGAAGGUUCCUUCACCAGCACAAGUCCCGACCAUAGGAAUAGAAGAGCCAUCACAACCGGAUGAUUACUCACCCCUGACAAGACGUGGCAACGAGCGCCCUCGAAGGACCUCAACAGCUCGUACAUUAUCGCCCAAUACCGAAACUUCACUCGCACGCCCCCCAAGCUCUACUGACGUCCCUGUUUCCCGGAACAGCCAGUCUUCUGGGUUGUCUCGCAGCAGAGGGGCGAGCUUGCACCGGCGGCCGACAGUCCAGCAAGCAGCUAGCCCCUGGCGUCAUAUGGAGAACCUCCUAUACGAGAUCCGUCUAUACGAUGAUGAGGAGGCGGGGGAGUUUCCACGCCAGUGGCCCAAGCACGACUGCAACAACAGAUUGUGCGAGGACCACGCUCACAUUGAACAACCUCGCCGACGAGACCAUAUCUUUGAUAGCUUCGUUGCCAAGACAAAGACGCGGCUCCGCACCAUGCUCCACUGUCAAUCCUCCUUCGGGACCAUCGUCGGCGCACCCGUCAUCUUUUUCCUCGGUGGUUUUAUCUUUGCAUUGCUAAGCAGUCGGGACAUGAUCGGCGACGAAGACAUCGCAGAGGCUCUCGCUUUUGGCCAGUGGUAUAUGAUAAUCCCCCAUAUUUCGAUUAUUUCUGGGCUUUUAUUGGCAGGCAACAAUCCCAACAUACUUGAAGGAGUCUUCGCAACAGAGCGCGGCGAAGAGAAAGACAUUAUCAAUUUCUUCGGUCUUCGUUUUGGACUUGCCUUUCCUAGCUGUUACAAGACCGCAUGGCAGUGGAGGCGGGGCCAUGGCAAGAAAACGUGGAUCUCGAAAGUCAUCGACACUUACGGCGUUCGAAAAGACGUCGACUUCAAGGGAAACAUCGAACCGGAUGACGAUAUGGAGGACUUGCGAGAGAAGACGACCUUGGUUGCCUUUGACUGGAUUUUCAUCCUGGCCAUCACAACACUUUUAAUAUACGUGCCCUACGUACUCGCUUUUCUCACGUCGUACUUCACGCCUCCUAUUGGCCUCGCAUGCCGAUCACUGACAUCCAGUGUCUAUGCUUCUAGUCAAGCUGGGCAGAUACUUCUUUGGUUUUGGGCAAACUGCGGUCCACCGAUGGGCAAGGCGAAGAAUGAAACGCAGCGAGGGACCUGGGAUUUUGCUCGUCAGGGCGGUUGGCUAGAUCGUAAUGGCUUUUUCAACCCAUCUUCUGUGAGCUGGCUGAUUCAGUCCAACCCCGACUGGUCGGUGGAUCGACCCUGGAGGAUCCUCAAGUCACGGCGGUUCUGGUCCGUUAGAAUGCUGUUCUCCUUGAUCUACCAAUUCCUGGUGGUCAUAUUUGGUAUCAGCGCCGUAUUCUCGGUACUUGGCGGAACCUUGAUGCAGUUGAUGGGUGUCUACUCGGCCAACAUGUGCUACGUCCCGUCGAGGUGGUGGUUGGUACCGUUCGAGGACCGGCCUGUCAUUAUGAUAUCGAAGAACACUGCUUUGAUGAUCACUAUGGCUCAACGAUACUGGGAACCAUGCGCCAUUACCGCUAUCGUCUUUCUGGCGGUCGUAAGCUUCAUUGGCUGGUGGUAUCAACGGAGAAUGCGGGAUCUGUUUGGCGAAUUGGUUCGGAGUAUCGAUGCACAAAAGUAUGAUAGGGAAGAUACCAGGAGCGCACGACCACUCAAAGAUCGUCGGCCUGCCGACCUUGGAGGAGUGUCUGUCGGCUGUUGA